AUGAUCCCAGGGGACUUCCCCAGCGGAGGGGUUCUGUGGUUCUGUCCGGCUCCCCUCCGCCGGUGGCCGUCGCUGCAGCGGCAGCUGGAGAGCGGGACAUGGCGCGGGCUGCCCGGCCCCGGCCCGGCCCGGCCCGCGGGCUCCCCUGGACGCUGCUGGCUGUGCCACGAGAGGGCAGCGGAGCGCUGGGAUCCCGGCGGGAGCGCGCGUAGUUCAAACCCCUCCAGUCAUCUCGGCUUAUCAGCCACAGGAGAUACAUUCUUCUGGGCUGCUCCCUUUAUAAGUCACUGCUGGCCGGGCGCCCGCCCGCCGCUCCGCAGCCUCCGCGCCGGCAGCGCUGCCCGCUCCGCGCUGCCCCGCCAUGCCCUAGCCCGGGCCCUCUCACCCGCCCGCCGGGGGCCGCGCAGCAACUCGGGGAGGGUCGGCAGCGAUGGCACCCCCGCCCCAGUGCCCCGCCCGCCCCUGAGGGCGGCUGCUGCCGCCGGGAUGUUCAGCUGGCAUCGGAGCUUCACCCUGGGAGCGCCCUGGAAGAGAGCAGGUAAGAAGAGCCCACCUGCUGAGGACAAAGUUGUUUUAACACACAUGAAGAUAUUGAGCAAUGAAGGAAUUCAAAACCCAGGGUUAAUCCCAGAGGCUCCAGCUGACACAGCCUGCACAGAGGAGUCCCAUCUUCCCGGUGCCAGUGUCCCACCAGACUGCUUGGGAAGUCCAGAUGCAGCGGCCACGCCAGCAGAUCCAGACUGUGCGGACGGCCCGGCAAGCACUGACUAUGUAGCCACCCUACCUGACCUCAGCGCCUUCGAGUCCAAGUGCAGGCUCCACAGAUUCUCCAAAUUUGAAUCUGAGGACUCGGGGGUUGAGUUGCCAAGCGGUGCUAAUUCUCCAUCAACUCCGACGGGCUCAGAGAAGAGCUUUGUGCUUCACAGCAGAGACUCAUUUUGUGACUCAGGUGUGCUUAGCACCUCUUCUUCUCCAGAAAUUGACCAUCAGUUAAUGAUAACAUGUAAAGAACAUGCCAGAAAAGUUAGUCUGCAAGAUCCAGGGAGCAAAAAGCAAGCUGAUUACUAUAGUCAGGAGGCAAAUGCUGUGCAAGAUCCUACAGCUUCCCUUGAAGACUUCAAUGACCCUCAGGAAGAAAGUCCUGAUGAUCAUUUUCACCAGGAUGACAAGCAGUCUUCAGAAAAGGAACCUACAGCAGAGAUGGACCUUUCUAGGGAAAGAGCUCUUUCCACCCCAGGUCCUGUAGAAGAGCCAAAGACAAUUGCUGACAAUUUUCCAGAGAAUUUUGGCAGCAUGCAAGAUCUUCAGAUCCAUGAACAUCAGCUGAAGAAGUACCCCACAAGCGACAGUCUGGAUGAAUACAUGGAUGAAUGCUGUAGGCUGAGUGAGGUGAACCAAAGUAACAGCAAAGCCUUGGGAUCUGGUCUGGGAUACCUAGAACACAUCUGCCAACUGAUUGAGAAGAUUGGGCAGCUUCAGGAGCACAACCUGCGUCUCCAAAAACAAGUGUGCAGCUUGCAGAAAGAGCAUAAGAUGAGUCAGAUAAAAGAGGAAUACGUUCUGCAGCAUUGCUCCUGUGGAGCUGCCAGUAUCUUCAUUAACUCAUAUCAAGACAUGAAAACAAAUUUUGCUGGGAGGAGCAGACCUCACAGCCUCUUGGUUCAGACUGGAAACCCUUCUGAUCUUUCCAUCAUCCCAGAAAUAGGAGCGAACACCGAGAAGCUGAGCAGCUGCAAUGGAAGUGAGAGAUAUCUGGAAUCAGGAAAGAGCCAGCCAAUGAUGGGGCUCAGGAAGUCAUCAAACAAUAGGAACAACAAGGAGAAUGAGUUUAGAGAAGCUGGGAGUAUGGCUGAGGGACAGGCUUUUCUGUCAAAGGACCCUGCAGUAAGAAAGGCUCUGGACGUCAGCAAGAACAUCUCGGGUGAGAGCCAUGCUUGGAGAAGAAUGAGAGACCUUAUGAGGAAGACAAGGCUGACAAACCAAAACAAGCUGGGGCUGAGUUCUGCUGCUCUGAAGAGGUCCUGCCCACAGUUGUAUAGAGAGUCAAGGCAAGAACACCAAAGGACACAAAAUCAAGAAUCCCAGGGUUACUCUGUGCAAUCUACAUCCUACAAUUGUCAACAGAGCAACUCGGAAUUGAGUGUUGGAAGGGAAAGUGGGAAGGGGGAUGUUGAGAAGGGUCUGUGGGCAGAUACAUUCUAAACUACGUAUGGCUUCGCUCCUGUAUCUGAAGUGUACCUUAAAAAGUCAAGCCACAGAUGAAAACUGCUGUUAGCAGCUUGGCAACACAAGCAACAGGGACUUUUAAGAUUUGGAAAUUCUUCCUCUUCUCUGGGUUGGGAACAGAAUUACCUGAAACACUGAAGCUUUAAAACUAUCAUUACUUUCUGGGGACUUCUCCAGCUCUAAAUAAACAUUAGCUUCAUCUAGAGGAGUGCCAGAGACUCAUUGUCCAGGGCGGAGGUGGCUGUUGAAAGGACAGCCUCCUCCCUCUGGGAAACUUGAGUUGCAGUCUCUGUCCCCAGCACAGUUCCUCCUUUCAGAGCAGCCUAUAGCCAGCUGUGCCAUUUCACUGGAAUCCAACAGGAAAACAAAGUACGUAAAGCUAAGGUCAUUCCUGAAUCCACUACUAGCUUCCUGUCCUGUGGGCCUGCUCCUUCUGCCAGAGGUCCCUGGAUUCUGGUGCUACCCUGCACAGAAGUUCGCAUUGCACACACUCAUUGUAAAGACCAGAGUAAGCAGCACUGAAGGAAUUAGCCUUUCAAGAGACUGGAGGGGCAUCCAAGGCAACCUCUGCCCCAGCCAUUGUGUAAUCAAUCAUUUUCUCUUUUUUUUAAUGGGGAACAGGACACCAGGCUUGAAUUCCUACUUUUAAGUUCCAUUGAAGUGCUCUGUCUGUGCAGGUGGGGCCUGAGGCUGUAGGGGGAGCCGUCAUGCUGUCGUAUGGCUCGCUCUCUACUGGGAAAAGUUCAGGAGAGCAAGGCUACAAGGGAAAGAAAUUCAAAUACAUCCUUUAUAAAAUGGUGCUCUUUUGGGAUACACUAACAGCUGUGAAACACCAUGACUGUGUGUGGUGGCUGCCUUAUUGCCACAUGUCCACUGCUUCCUUACUCAAGGAACAAGCAGUGCAUGCUUCUGGAUGUCCCACAGUUGCAGAGGUCUCUGCACACUUAGCUCUUAUAAGUACUAGCAAAAUAAUUAAUACACGUGGGGUAAAGAUUUAAGUAAACUAACAUGGCCUCUUGAUAAAGGAUUGUUCUACCCCAUAAAUUAUAACAUAAUUACAAGUCAAGCAUUUGCUGAUUAAAAAUCCCUCCCCAACCCCAACUUGCCUGAGAAGCAAGAUUUGACAAGCUGGCAGGAAUGAUCAGGCUUAGUCUUUUCACAACAGAUGCUUCUCCCUUGGUCAUCCAUAUCAGCUGGAACCAUUGAAGUCCUCCAAAUCAGAAGAGGAUCUUUUCUGGGAUUCAGAGCAUCUCAGCCAUGCCAUUCCAGGGCCAGUAUAAUUUGCAGGGAUGAGUGAGGGCAGGAUUCAAGUACUCAGAAGGAUUGCUAUUGUUGUUACUUAGCAUCUCAAUAACACCCCACAAACACAAUGACCAAACCCCACAACCCAACCCCAAAUCUCUAUUAAAAAGAAAAAAAAAAGGCUGUGCUGACUCAAGGUUAGCACCCUAAAGUAGGUGCUGUGUUUAAUGUUUCAGCUGUAGCUGCUGCUGCAGGACUUGUUUAUUCACUGUAUAUCUUGCUAGUGUCAUCCAAAGCUAGAAAGAUUUAUGACUUGAUUAUUCUGUGAAUAUUCUGUAUAUAUCUCCAUAAAUACAGGGGACAAAAAUCCUGCAUUAAUUUACAUCCUCCAUUAGGCCUCCAGCUUUUUUACAGUGACUGUACAGAAUGUAAACUGAAAUUUAAAGUGUAAACUGAAUUUAAAGUGUCUUAAGACAUAGGGUCAUGAACUGGUAUUUUCUACAACCUUCUCUAUUCAUGGUAUAAGUUUGUUGGGUGUUCUGUGGGGUUUUUUUUAAACUAAGAUAAAUGAGCAUUCUUCUUUAUUAUAGCAUUAUGUUAAAUAUGUUCAUGUAUUUUUCAGAAAUAAAUGUAUUUAUAAUGUGUAACAUACUGUAUAGUUCUCCACUCCAAGAUACAUUAUAAUCCAAGCAUAAGAAAUUUAAUAAAAGUAUCACUAUUAUGGUAA